AUGAAAAAUGUUGUCAACAACUACACAGAGGCUGAAAUCAAGGUGCGGGAAGCCACCUCGAAUGACCCCUGGGGACCUCCCACCACUCUGAUGGCAGAAAUCUCAGACUUGACCUUCAACAUAGUGGCGAAUGCUGAAGUUAUGGGCAUGUUAUGGAAAAGACUCAAUGACCACGGCAAGAACUGGCGUCAUGUUUAUAAGGCGCUGACCCUGAUGGACUAUCUAGUGAAGACCGGCUCUGAUCAAGUGGCGAAGGAGUGUAAGGAGAAAAUCUACUCUGUUCAGACUCUGAGGGACUUCCAGUAUUUAGACAAAGAUGGACGUGAUCAGGGCAUCAAUGUGAGGGAGAAGGCCAAGCUGCUGGUGUCUCUGCUCAGAGAUGAGGACAAGCUGAAGAGGGAGAGGAGCCAGGCGCUGAAGACCAAGACGCGCAUGGCUGGGAUGAGCAGCGGGCUGAGCUCCACGCCGCCUCCAUACCCGGGACGCCACUCGAGUCACGCGUCCGGAGCCUACGGAGAGGAGACGGGCAGGUGCAGGAGAACGUCGUCCUCUCUUCCUUCCUCCACUUCCUCUUCUCGCUUCGUCCCAGACAUAGAGCAGGCCCGACCGCACACCAGCGGAGAAGAGGAGCUGCAGCUGCAGCUGGCCUUGGCCAUGAGCCGAGAAGAGAGUGAAAAGCCACCUCCUCCAACUGUGGAUAUUGAUGAACAGACCCAGCUACAAAUCGCUAUGAGUCUCAGCAAGGAGGAUUCAACGAAGCCUGUUCCUCGUGCAACAACCAACAAUGUAGACUUGGAUGAAGACACCCAGCUUCAGAUGGCCUUGAAUCUAAGCAAAGAGGAGCACCAGCAGGAGCAGAUGAGUCGCCAAGGAGAUGAGUCUAUGCUAAUGAGGGCUCUUGAAGAAAGCAAACGUGAGAUGGAGACUAAAGGCGGGACCGCUUUUAUGGACUUGGUAGAUAUUUUUGCAGUGCCCGCCGAUGCACCGUUACGGGACACUCACAGCGGGCCGCAUCAGGCGGCUGCGCGAGGUGGAGGCCUCCCCUGGGACUCUAUGGAUGCAGGUACCAACCUUUCACGACCUGAUUCUCCGUGGAUGGCUCCUCCAAGCAGUCCCCCUCCUCCUUGGGAGCCGUACCAGGCCUCUGCUGAUCCUUGGGACGCUCCCAUGAACAACGUCGCUGUCUCCAACAACAGGUCGUGGGCCUCCUCUGGCAGCACAGGAGCUGAGUUUUCUGCACCGUUAAAUCCAUUGAGAGGGGCUGGAGCCUCGCCUCGCGCUGUUAGUCCGUCAGAUGGUGAUUUAUUUGAUGAAGCUAUGGACGGCGGAAGAGUAAGCAUUAACGGAAGAGGAGAUGCGGCGAGUCCUGAGCUGUUUGACCUGACAAACCUGAGGGAAAACCUGCCCUAUGCUUCCAACAAUCGCACAUGUCGAACACCUGAAUCAUUCCUGGAUCCGGCUGCAGCCUCACUUGUUAAUCUGGACAGUUUAAUCCCAGUGAAUUCUGAUGCCAAGAAUAAAAAUCCUUUUUUGUCAGGUCUGACUGCUCCUUCUGUCAAUAAUCCAUUCCAAACAGAGCAGCCAAAAUUAACACUUAAUCAACUUGGCUCCGGCUUGAUCUCCACGGGUCCCAAUAAUACCUCCCUGCCGUACAGUGCGUCGCUGCCUCUGCCUCUGACCCACCAGCCCUCCAGCCUGCCCUCCUCGCUCACACAUCCACAGCCCGGCCUGGACCUUUUGGGGACCAUGCCUGAGCCUCUGCUGCCCCUGACAGGAAGCACACAGGGAGAUCAGACAUCACAAGCCAACCCAAACCCUUUCUUAUGA